CAGAGAGGAUGCACCGACUCCAGAGGCGUGGAUUCCCAGCAGCUCUCCUGUAGCAGCCUUCUGCAGGAUAAAUCGUCUCUUUGCCUUUAACUGUAGCAGCCUACUGUACCCCCACUGUGCAGACUAAAUGUAGUGCUAGCCUCCUCUAGUCUUGACGGCACACAAAAAGAUGUGCUGUCUUUCUAAUAAUAGCCAAUCUUAUUCUAACCACACCAACGACGCCUUAUUGCAUUAUGCAUGCCUCUGGGAUGGUGUCCCUGCAAGAUAGCGUGGGAAUAUCUCAGUAAGAGCUGCUCAUCUCAGCCUCUAGCUGCUACAGCAUCUUUACUGGAGGAGACUGUGUCAUGGCUGUAGUCUAGACUGGUGCGUCUGGAUGCGCGUCUUUUCUGCGCUGCUGCUGCUGCGCGCUUUUCUCCUCUGCAUGCCGGGUUUAUUGUCGCUAUGCGGGAGUAUAAGGUGGUGGUGCUCGGCAGUGGAGGGGUGGGCAAAUCCGCCCUCACGGUCCAGUUUGUCACCGGGACGUUCAUAGAGAAGUACGACCCGACCAUUGAGGAUUUCUACAGGAAGGAGAUCGAGGUGGACUCCUCUCCGUCGGUGCUGGAGAUCCUGGACACAGCAGGCACCGAGCAGUUCGCCUCCAUGAGAGACCUGUACAUCAGGAACGGACAGGGCUUCAUCCUGGUCUACAGUCUGGUCAACCAGCAAAGUUUUCAGGACAUCAAGCCCAUGAGGGACCAGAUCAUCAGGGUGAAAAGGUAUCAGCAGGUGCCGGUGGUGCUGGUGGGUAAUAAGGUGGACCUGGAGGAGGAGAGGGAAGUGUCCCCCAGCGAGGGACAGGCGCUGGCUGAAGACUGGGGCUGCCCUUUCAUGGAGACGUCGGCCAAGAGCAAGACCAUGGUGGACGAGCUGUUCGCCGAGAUCGUGAGGCAGAUGGACUUCUGCCCUCUGCCCGACCGGAGAGAGGCGUGUUGCCCCGCCUGCAGCGUGCAGUAGUAGCCUGAUGGAUGGCGUGAUGGAUGGGAGGAUGGUUAGAAAAUUAGAAAUGCAAAUGAAUUCAUGUUAGAUAGAUUAAAGAUGGAGGAAUUUAAAGGGAAAAUCCACUCUUUUUUAAAACUGUUUACCUGCUUUCUGUAGCAGAUUAGGCUCUGAUCAAGAGGCAUUCUGGGAAAUGUAGGAACUGAAGCAGACAAAAGAAGGGAAAAUUAAAAGACACAGGGUGGAUGUUUCCCUUGAAAGAAAAACAACACUUGACCUCCCACAUUCAUCACAGUCCUCCUGAUAUACAGGAGCAAAUGUUCGGGGGUUUCCCAAAGGCAGCACGGUGCCAAAACCAUCUUAAAAAGCCAUCGACAAAGAGGAUCUAAACGCUUUUUUGGGAAGCCAGCCAUAGGUCCAAGCAGGGAUGGCAGUGUGCUCCUCUUUUCUUCUGCUUGUAUUUUUCAUUUUUUGCACUUUUUGGGGGCUUUUUUCGACGGUGCAAGACCAAUCACCCAAGUAUCUGAACGGAUGUCAAGUAACACCACUGUGAAGGAGUCAUACUGGGAGUUAAAUUCACAGCAGGCCCGCCUAACUAUGAAUGAAUGAACAGAUGAGCGAAUGUUUAAUGAAAAAGGAAACCGCACCUUUGGGGAAAUUCAUUCAGAAGAUCCCAAAUGUUGACAUGCUGUGGAUGACGCGUGCAUGAAGUUGUACUGACAUUGAGUACAACCGAUCUCACCCAAAGAGACAAUAUCAAUCAAUCAAUCAGUCAUUCAAACAUAAGGGACACUUGUCUUUACACCUUACAGAUACAAAUGCCUUGUUACAUUGUAUGAAGUGAACAGUGUCAGUGUAUAGUUCAUUUAUCUUAAGUCACAUGUUAGUGGUUCAAUGUGAAAAACACUUAUUUUCAACAAAAAAAUAAAUCUUUAUGCACAAA